AUGGUUAUCCUAGGCAAAUGGAUUCUUCUAGGUUUCAUCUCCACGUGCGGCGCUUGCAGUGUCGUACUCGUCUUCAGUAUCCUCGACGGUGAUAUAGUAACUGCUGUUCACUGCAUCCGGCCCCCAGUCAGCAAUCAAGAUCCUUAUCAGCGCUCAGAGCUACUCACAUUUGCCCUUCUCUUUUAUAUCCGUCUCGAACGCGUGCGGGGAGCCAGGAUCCGCAAAGAGAUUCCAGGUCUGCUCGCUCGUUUGCUUUCAAGCAGCUUGCAGUGCAAGCUGUCCAGGCCCAUCCAGCUUCUCGAGAAUCUCCUUAACCUUGUUCACCUGCUACCACGUUGGAACUUCAGGACCCUAAAUGUAAGCAUUGCGUCUGCUCUUCGAAGCACCUUCCCGGGCCAUUGA